CUCCAUUUCCUGUGUGGUACGCAGAGUUGUAAGCAGCAUUCCGCUGCUCCGCAAUUGAAACCUGAUUGAAACCACAUUGUGGAAAAUGUUUGAGUGACUUGACUGGGACAGCGUGUGGUCACUUAAUGGCAGAGCCACAUGUCAUGAUCCACGUCAGACGGCAGGUAUCGUCUGGUGCACCUGAUGCCAUGAUGCGUGUGUCUUUAUUCCCUUGACAACCGCGUAUCCGAUACCAACAUCCAGGGACCACCAUGUCCGUCACCCUGCUGUGGGCCGUGGACGUGUACGGGAGGGUGUACAGUGUCCCCACUGCCGGCCAGCGUUGGGAGCGUGGCGAUGACUCACUUCUAGAGCUCAAACGCGUCACAGCUGGAAAGGGGCGCUGUUGGGGCAUCGGCUGUGACCACCAUGUUUACCUCAACAUGAUGCCCCAUGAGACCCCCAUCCGCUACAAGGAAGAGACCUACGAAAAUCAGAGGUGGAACCCUGUGGACGGCUUCACGGAUACGCUGCUCCCCACUGACCGCUGGUCCUGGAGCGAUGUGAUGGGCAUGAACCCUCAGCCGCUCCAUGGUUUUCAGUUGCCGUCGCGCAGUUGGGAGUGGGAAGGAGACUGGUAUGUGGACCAGAGCUGCGGAGGAGAACCGAGUCAGACUGGGGGUUGGGAGUAUGCCGUUGAUUUCCCCGCUAACUUCUCUCCUGACAAAAAGUGGAACUCGUGCGUGCGUCGUAGACGCUGGAUCCGCUACAGAAGAUAUAUAGCACAAGGCACCUGGGCAAAGAUUCCCUUGGACCAUCCCUGGAAGGCUCCCCUGCCUCUCUGUGACAUCACAUGUGGCGGCUGGGAAAUGAGCGAUGAGUCUGGGAGGUAUCCUUACCUCUGGGCAGUGUCCCAACAAGGACAGGUGUGGUUCAGGGAGGGCAUCCACCCUCGGGUACCAGAGGGCGCCAGUUGGGAGGAGGUAGAGGUGCCCAAGGAGGUAGCCCAAUUAUCACUUGGACCGAGGGACCUUCUGUGGGCUGUACUGUGGGACGGGAACCUGAUGGUCCGAACAGGCCUCAGCCUGGACAGCCCGACUGGCACAUCGUGGGUGGAGGUGGAGUCGCCUACAAAGGAAGUUGAAUCCCUCCAUGUGGCUGUGGGGGUCAAUGUUGUCUGGGUGGUCACUAAGGACUACAAGGUGUGGUUUAGGCGGGGCGUCAAUUCCCAUAAUCCCUGCGGCUCAGGAUGGAUCAGCAUAGGUGGCGAGAUGAUGAUGGUUGACGUUGGACUCAAUGACCAGGUUUGGGCUGUCGGUGAGGAUCGCAGCCUGUAUUUCCGAAUGGGUGUGACACCUUCAGAACCAAGUGGGAACGGCUGGAUCCCCGUUUCUGCCCAGUGGGGCAACAACAAGGAAGCUGCCCCUCCCAGAGAUGACUUCAGGAACCAGCUGACAGAACCCACCCAAGGCUCCGUGCUGAGCUGCACUGAUUCCGAUUCAGAGCUUGGCCCGACUGAACCAGCAAACAGCCCCCCGGUCCUGGAGGCAGCGGACCCCUCCGUGGUCCUCUUAGGGGAGGCCGACGCGGCCCCCGUACACUCGGAAGACACUCGUACAGCUCCCAAAUCGUUCAUCCCUGCGAGCGACAGCUUCAUCAACAGUCUCGUGUCGGACCGCGACAAAGCAUCCACGCCCCAACAAACCAUCAAACCUCAGGAGGAAGUGGUCCGGUCUUCCCCAGCACAGAUCCUCAUGAGUCCUGAUGUUGCAGGGCCCGGCACCCCUUGGAGUAACGUGGACCUGGAAGGGGCAGAGGCGUCGAGAAGCGCACAAGCAGCGGGGGCUCGCUCCAGCAAUAGCGGCGGCGCCCCCUAUGGACUGGGUCUAGAUGGCUCGCACAGGGUCGGGGACGAGGAAGGACCCGUGUGGGCUUGGAUCUCUGGAGGGGGCUGCAAUGUGGAUGCCUGCUCUCGAAUCAGCUGGCUCAGCGCUACAGGUCCCCUGGUCAGCUCCUUGUCACUGACCCCAGUGCAGUCUUCAGCAUGGAGCCAACAGGAGCACAAAGAAGAUAUCCGUAAGAAACCUCUGGAAAGAAGCAAUUCCGUAUGGGUGCGGAAAGGCGUACUACGAUGGUGGAGAGACUGGAAGCCUCAGCGGUGGGUGGAUGUGGGUGUGGCUUUGGAGCAGUCCACCAAACAGGACGGGAAGAAGGACAGCAUUUUCUUUGUUUACUAUACGCACUAUGAUGAAAAAAAGUACCUUCAUGUCUUCAUCAAUGAAGUAACGGCGUUGGUUCCAGUGGUGCAGGACUGCCAUUAUGCGUUCGCCGUGUACACCGGUCAGAGGACCAGACAUAGGUGUCCCCUGCUCCUGUCAGCCCAAAGCGAACAGGACAUGAACGAUUGGUUGACCUUGUUGUCUGACUGUUGCUGCGAGUGUCGAGGGAUCACACGUCCGCCAUCCAGACAGGCUCUUUGGUCCACGACAGCCAAAGGGGACGUUUUUGUCCAUGAGCCGUCCUUCUCCCUGGAGGCCGCCACCCACACGGUGACAUGUGACCUCAUGUUCUGGCGUCAGGUCCCGGGUCACAUGCGCUGUGUAGACUCUAACAGUCUCGGGCUGGUGUGGGGCAUCGGGUGGGAUGGCACGGCCUGGGUGUACAGUGGGAGCGCUGGGCAACAGGCCACCCCGGGUGACGUACACCAGCAAACUGACGUCAGGAGCGUGCACGUGUAUGAGAACCAAAGAUGGAACCCCGUGACAGGAUACACUGACAAAGGACUUCCCACUGACCGCCCCAUGUGGAGUGACGAGAUCGGCCUGAAGGAGUGCACCAAAGGCAACACGCAACCACCCUCGCCUCAGUGGUCAUGGGUGUCCGAGUGGUCCGUGGACCACACUGUUCCUGGAGGGACGGACAAAGAAGGAUGGCAGUAUGCCGCGGACUUUCCUACAACAUUCCAUGGCCACAAAACCAUGAAGGACUUUGUACGACGUAGACGAUGGUCAAGAAAGUGUAAGACCACCUUGAGAGGGCCGUGGCAGCAGGUCCCGCCUAUUCCUUUGAGUGACAUCUCUCUGAUGCCGUGCCUGGCUCAAAGCAAGAUGGAGCAGGUCCCCAUGUGGGCCCUCAGCGACAAGGGGGACGUGCUGUGUCGGCUCGGGGUCACCACCCAGAACCCCGCGGGCACCUCAUGGCUUCACGUGGGUACGGACCAGCCCUUUAAGUCCAUCUCCAUAGGUGGGGCCAAUCAGGUGUGGGCCAUCGCCAAGGACGGAGCGGUCUUCUACAGGGGCUCCGUGUCCCCCCACAACCCUGCAGGAGAAUGCUGGUACCACAUCCCGUCUCCGUCCAGGCAGACGUUGAGACAAGUGUCUGUGGGUCGCACUUCUGUGUUUGCUGUGGAUGAAAACAGUAACCUGUGGUACAGACAAGGCCUCACUCCCAGCUACCCUCAGGGGUCCGCCUGGGAGCUCAUCUCCAACAACGUCACCAAAGUCUCUGUGGGACCUCUGGACCAGCUGUGGAUCAUAGCAGACGGAAUGCCGGGCUUCCCCGGUGAGACUCCUGGAGCAGUCUGCCACAGACUUGGUGUGGGACCUAUGCAGCCUAAAGGUCAACACUGGGACUACGGUAUUGGGGGAGGUUGGGAGCACAUCAGCGUGAGGGCCAACUCAGUGGAGGCUCCUCGCACCCAACACCCCCUCCCAGUCGGGCCCUCCCGCAGCCCGCAAACUCUGACGAGAGCUAACGGGAACGCUGUGGUGGGUGUUUAAGCUCCCUUCCGAGUAAUGCUCCUUUGUUUGUGCCUGCAUCCACAUUGGUCUACUUGGUCCCCGUGACGGGAAUGCACAAAGGGAAUAUGAGGCAUUUAUGUGCAGUGCAUGAAGGUUUUAGUGUUGGUUUUAAUUCACAACACACAAAGUUAACAUCUGUUUAGUGUUUUAAGGGCUGAGGCACCAAACAUUUCUCCUUUUGUCUUAGCGUGUUAUUUAUUAUGCAUGUUAUUUAUUUUACUCGUUUGUCUUAUUUCUUGUGUCCGUUUUUUCAUUUUAGUUUUCCCAAAAUGUGACAUAUGUAUAAAAGCAACAGAGAAAUUAUGGUGGUAAAAGUACAUUAAAUGGCCUCACGGAUUCUGCAAUAAUAUUAAUAAUGAUAAAUUAUCUUCCUGCUCAUGUUAUAUGCAACGGCAACUGCUCCUGUUAACUGAAGUGAAACUUUAUCUUUCACUGCGGGGCAAUCGAAUGUGGAAUAAAAGAAUGAAGGAAACCAUUGCUUUAUGUGCAAGUGCUUGCAAAAACGAAGGUAGGCAAAUUCGACAUGAGUUCAUUUGCAUUUAUUUUCAUAUUAAACGGUGUAAUUAUAAACAUUUCAUUCAAUGACACUAAUGCAUGAUUCAUGUGAAACAAGUAAAAAUAUCCCCACUUCCCACCCCCAAAAAUCAACAGGGACAGCAUUAAUCCAUGAUUCAUAGCCACUAUGAUUGAUAUGUUCCCGUGAUCGUCUUGGCUUGCGCUCACAGGGGAAGGAAAACAAAAAAAAAAGUCCCUACCUACUCACAUGUGGGUCAUAUCCCCCAUUAACAGUAAAACAAAAACUAUUUACACACAUCAGUACACUUAAGUUACUUUUGUCAAAUGUGCAAUAUUAAGCAAAUGUGUCGUCCAGGAGAAGUCCUUUAAAUAAUAUUUUCAACUAUGAGGACACGUCAUCGUCUUGAUAGGUCAAAAUAUUUAUCAACAUCGAGUUGUUAGAAGAGUGUAUUACCCAGUUUUUACUGCAUCAUUGGAUAGGACACAACACACACAUACAGUCACUGAGAUGAUUGACAGCCAGCUAAAUGAACAACUGAGUGGGUAGAAGUGGUACAAAAUCCCCCCUCACAGGUUCUUUGGGCAUCAAAUUUCCAUUAAAUUACAAAUGUCAUUGUAAAAAAUAAAUUAAAAAAAUUAAAAUCACUAAAAAAGAAUAAACCAAAACCUAGAUGUAAAAUUAAAACAAAAUAAACUAAAAAAUCUAUGAAAGUUAAGUAGAAAACAAAUGGAGAAAGAAAAGCCCAAAUGAAAUAAGGAUUAAAAAAAACUUAGAAGUAAAAUGAAAACAAAAUAAACAAGCUAAGCUAAUGCAAAAUCUAUGAAAAUUAAGUAGAAAACAAAUGAAGAGAAAGAAAAGCCCAAAUCAAAGAUAAAAAAAAACAACCUAGAAGUAAAAUUAAAACAAAAUAAACAAGCUAAAGCAAAAUCUAUGAAAAUGUAUUAAGUAGGAAAACAAAACAAAUGAAGAGAAAGAAAAGCCCAAAUCAAAUAAAGAUAAACAAAAAUGCUAAAGAGUAGCUUUGUGUUCAUGUCAGAAGUGUUGAUUAAUGCCGCAGUGAUUCUAGUUUAGUGAGCAGCUGCUCACCAAGUCAUCCUAUCAAUUGGUCCAUCCCUAAAUACAAAUCCAUUGCACAUUUUUCAUUUUUAUACAAAACAUCUCCGACGUCUUCAUUUGGACGUUUCAAAAUAAAAGUCAAAGUUUGGUAGUGUGACAUUAAAAAGGGCCCAGACCCGACAUCAGCUGGCCAAAAUUAGAAUUAUAAAACUAUUUUGUCCUUUUUAAAUGUUUUCACUGUCAUUACUGAGGUCUCAAAGCACAACAUGAAGGUACAUGCGUGUCAUGUAUAGAGAGGGGGCGGGGGGGUGAGACAACAGAGAAGCCAGCCAUUCAGUCAUUGUUGGCAAACUGUAAGCCGUCUGGUUAGGAAGAUGCUACACAGACAAGUUCUUCUCCAUCAACUAGUUAGGAGUAUUGAAGAUGACUACCAAAACAAAAGGCAACUGUAAAAAAAAAAAAAAAACGCAGACGAACCAAUGAUAAAUAUUCAAUUCAAAGAGCUUAUUCCUAUUUGUAGUGUACUUUUCCAAAAAUAUUCCUUGUUUUUGGUGACAGUGAAGUAGAAGGAAAAAGCAGCCCAACGUUCAGUAGGAAUACGCCCGAUGAGGUCUUACAGCCCAGCAUUUCCAUGCUAGACCCGCGAUGUGGAAUUGCACACGUGUAGACACAGAGAGAGACGGAGACAAAGAGGGAUGAUGAUGAUGAUGAGGCUCAGGAAUAGGCUCCGCCCCCCUGGGGACGAAAUGUCUUUUGUCCUUUUCCCAUCUGGCUCUAAUCCCCAAAGUGCAAGUGUUAAAGUUGGAGCGUGUCCUGAUGGUUUUGUUAGUCCUUUUCUCCAUCUUCACUGCUUCCUGAAGGCAACACAACACCACACUGUUACACACGGACCAACAUUGGACUGCCCUGACUGUCUACUGGAUGUCGGAGAUUGCUAAAAAUAAUCUAGUGUCAUCUGCUGUACUUCAGAACUACUACUAGUACUAAUGUACUGUGACGCUUGAGAAUUAGCGAUGAAACAGUAACUCUUUCUUUUGCAGGAGCCACCAGGGCACUCACACCAAGCUUGUCAACCCUUUGGAAAUCACAGGUACUUAUUACUCAAUAGAACCGUCUGGCUCAUGGCAUCAUCUUAUAAAGAACACUUAACUCAUCACACAGCAACUUAACACUCAAAAGGUAUCAGUAAUAAAUAUACAAACAUGCACCAGUAUGAGUUUAAAACUGGGGGAAAAACAUAACGUUUUCCCAUAAUGCAUUGCAUCUGAGCAACACAUUGAGGUGGUGCAAUGACAAGUCUCCCUCUGGUGGACAAAGGGGGCAAUGCUGAGCCAUCCAUCCAUUUUCCUCCAAUGAAAAGCAUUAUGGGUAAACCCUUUUCCCCCACAUUUUAAACUUGUAUUGGUACAUGUUUUGAGUGUUAAGUUGCUGUGUGACAAAUUUAGUGUUCUUUCACGAGUCAGACUUUGAGUAAUUGAGUAAUUAAUUUCCAAUGGAUUGUCAAGCUCAUGCGUUUUUUCAUAACUCAUGAUUGGCUCCUGUCGAAUAGAAUCAAAUUUUUUACGUGGACGUGUGGUUUAUAUGUGGUACAGCUUAUAUGUACAAAUGUGUUUUCCUCUAAAUGUAGUGGGUGUGGCUUCUACACAGGAAUUUACAGUAGCUACGUAUAGAUGGGCGUAAGUGUAUUGUCAGGUCCACUUGCCUCCUUGCUCCAUGUCCGAGUCUGUGAGGUGCGUCAAGGAGAAGCUAGCGAUGCUGGCCGGCGAGAUGGUGAAGCGAGAGUAGUUGGGCGAGCUGCUCCAGCCGGACGCCGCCAUGAGGGGUGGAGUAGAGAUGCUUUUGGGUGGGAUGUCUUUGUGCGUCUUGGAGGGAAAGGCGGGUGCGGAAGGGAAGUCAUCAUCCCACUCAAAACCGCCACCUGCAGGAGGAGGUUAGCAGAUGUUAAAACGUGUGUCCCCAAUGAUCUGUUUCUGUCUCCUUUCUUCGUACUUCUUAACAAAGUGCACGGUGAUCGGGGUUGUGUGUGCGUUUCUUUGUUACGGCUGCAAAAUAACCCACUACCACACUGAAAUACAAAUGGAAUGGAUCACUGAAGGGUUGAGGACGGUUACCUUCUUCAUCUGUGGAGCUUUCAGAGUUAGUAAAGCGGUUCAGGUAGCUAGAACUUGACACGGGGCUGCUGAACUCUGGUGUGUGGUUGUUAGAACCUGAGGAGUGGUCACCCAGUUCCUUGGUGGGGGUCUCCUAGAAAUCAGAAAAUGGUAUUCAGAAUGAUUCGUAAAAACCCAGGUAGCAAUGAAAGCGAGAGUUUACCUGGUCAAACAGGUAGACGGUGACGUCAUCAAAGAAGGACACGGCUCUUCUGGCGGUAUCGGCAUGAGACGUUGGGGAUGAAGCCUCGAUGUUGAGAGUAGAAGGUUUCAACAAGCUCCUCAGGUUCUUUGAAUCGCUAUCAUCCGAGAUGAUGAGCGGUACUGUGUGUACGCCGUCGUCCUCGCUGUCCGAGCUGGAGCUGGAGCUGUGCAGCUGGUAGGCAUGGACGUCUUCAUCGGAGUCAUCGCUGUUUUCGUUCUCCUCAUCAGCAUCCGCUCCAUCCUCAAGGCCAUCCGGACCCAAGCCGUCCCGCCUGCCCAGGUAACGGCCUUCCACAUCAGGCUCCUUUAUUUUGUGUCCCUCGCCAGCACAAGUCCUGGUUAGCUUGGCAUGAAUGCCACCAUCAGUAGAUGGGAGUGGACUGGAGAGUAUAGAAUGGUCUGGAUCACCAAAAGAGUCUGGUUUAUCUCCACUGGGACUGGGCCAGCUGAGGGAUCGUUGGAUAUUUGAGUGUCCUUCUGGAUUUGGAUCUACUUUGACAUUACCCUGAGCAGCAGCAGUAAAUUCUUGCAGUGGGAGUAGAGAAUCCAAACUACUCUCUGCCGGUUUUUCCUGUUGACGAUCAGGAGCAGCAGCACUGCUAUCGUUGGUGGAGUCCCUCAGCGAUGUGACUUCAGCUAAAUGUGACUUCGUUUCUUCACAUUUCUUCUCUGGCUCUGAUUCGUUGUCUGAGAAGUAGGCGGAGUCUCUGUAGUUUGUGCUCAUGAGCGGUUCAUCGGCGAGACCAACACUGGUCAGAUCCUCCCUGGGAGAGUCCAGAGUGCCUUCGGCUUCAGAGAUGACUAUCUCUGGCGGAACCAGAUUCAUCACAGCGGUUGGUUCUUCAGUUUCUUUUUGCUUCUGGGCUACACUUGGGGCAUCUUUUACAGGGGACAGGUCUUUAUCAUUAGGCUGAGAGUUCCACUCAGGAGACUCCAGGUUCUCCGUCUCAUAGCCACUGUCAGAUAUUUUAUACGGCGGUUGGAGUUUGUGCUGAUCGCCGAGCCUGUGAAUGUCGAGGGAGUCCAAAGAGUCUGGUGUCUCAGCUGAGUGGUCCACAGUUGGCAGAGUAGUGGAGAUGCUGUCCUCUAGUAAACUGUCUUGGCUGAUCUGGUCCAAAGACGGUCCAGAGACUAACAGAGACUGUUGUUCGUGAGUAUCCAUGAAGGAUUCUUCAUGGUCAGACAGUGCUGUUUCCGUUCCUAUGUCUGCAUCCUCAAUGAGUUCACUCAAAAGAUCAUGGCUCGUUUGAUCGUCAACAGACGGUUGGACUAUCGACUUCUCGGGUAUGAGUUUUUGAGCUCUGCUGUUUGAGGUUCCAAAAUCACGCUCAAGGCUGGAAAGUUUGGCAUUUGUGCACAAAAUGUCUGGAGUGGCACUUUCAGAGAACAUGGGAAUGUGAUCACCAGGCUGACUAAAAAGAUCAAACCUCUCAGAGGUAGGAUCCGGAUCCAAAUCAGAGCUUGUGUAUCUGUCUGAGGAUUGGAGCAGAGCAAGAUCCUCCGUGGAAGAACGGUUACUAACUGGCAGUUGGUUGCUUGUGUCAUCUUCUGUCAUAAUUGUAAUCGAAGGCACCACGGUUUCCGUUUCUACCCGAAAAGGAUUAUGUGCCCCAAAGUUGGUACUUGAUGAUUCUAAAAGUCCAUUUGUUGGGGAUGUGCUACUCCAUGCAGGUGUUAAGUAAGUAUCUACUGUGUUUAAGCUGCCAUAAGUGUCAGGGUUGUCCCAAGAGCCCAUUUUGAAGGUGUCCUCCGGUUCAUGGAUGACACCGGGUGAUAAAAAAUUCUGAAACCUUGUACCGUCUUUCAUCAGAUUAUGCUCUUUAAGAAACAUAAAAUUAUCUGCCAGUUUUUCAGUGUUCAGAAGCCUCUUCACAUCAGUGCUGUCACUCUCCACUGAGUCCUCCUCCAGAGUCCGGUAAGUGGCUUCUGAACCACCCCCUAAAAAAGAAUCCCGUGCAUUUAAGUCCUGUACGUCCACAGGAGUAUUACUACAGAAAGGGUUCCCGUUACGCUCUGGAAGAUCUGCUAAAUCCUGUCUCCAAGAAAGAGAGUCCUCCUGCUUGGACUCUCCCUCGGUGAAAAUAUUGGUGUGGUAUGGACUGUCAUUUUCAAGAGAGGACCAGAUGUGACUAUCGGGCAAAUAGGAAUCCUUGGAGUCGAUACUGUGGUGAAAAAAGUCCGCCUCAGUGCUAGAUUCAUCCAAACGAACAUCUUGAAGGACAAUAAAGUCUUGCUGGCUUGAA